GGCGAAUUGCAGACACGCUCGAAAACGAACUGCUACCAUCGCUGUGAGUUUUGUACUUGUGAUUGCAACAGUAAACUUUUGCUUUGCUGUUUGGCUGGUGAAGGGCUGCAAUCGGAGUUUGGCGUGACAGCUCACAGCAGGGUGGAACCGUGCGAUCGGUCUGAAGAAAACAGUGAGCCAACAAAAUGUCGUUAGCUGAAGAGCUUCUCGCUGAUCUUGAAGAUGACGAACCCGAACCGGGCGACGAUGCGCCUCAACAGAUGCCUAGCUCGAAUGGAGCUGGCUGUUCCUCAGCGAUGCAAAUCGGCCAACUGUUGGAAGAAGACGCGUUGGAUGAUUCGAACGAUGAAGACGGGGGUUCCAUUUCGGCGGGGAAGCUGCAAGGGUUUGGUGAAGGACAUUUCCGUGACGAGGAAAUGAUGGAGAUUGAUACGAACGUCCGGUCCGUCAGGGAGAUUGCCAGACUGCGGCAUAGUCCACAGUUGCGGGAUAUCAUAGAUGAAAUUCAUCGUCUCAAACUGACACCACGACGAUCUGAAGUUGUGGGUCCUGUCGAAGCGGAUCCUGAGUAUGCUUUGAUUGUAUCAGCGAAUAAUAUUCUGGUUGAAAUUGAGAACGACCUAUCUAUUAUUCAUAAAUUUGCUCGCGACCACUAUGCUAAACGAUUUCCUGAGCUCGAAUCGCUUGUUCCAGGCGCCGCGGACUAUCUUCUCACAGUUCAAGAGAUCGGAAACGACCUGGCAAAGGUGAAGAACAGUGAUCGCCUAAAUCAGAUUCUAACUCCGGCCACUGUCAUGGUUGUAUCAAUCUCAGCGUCGACCUCACAAGGUGAGCCACUGAGUCCAUCUGAAAUGGAGCGCGUUUUUGAGGCAUGUGAGAUGGCGCAACAACUCAAUGAUAUGAAGACAGAAGUGUUCGACUUUGUUGAAAGUCGAAUGAGUCUCAUAGCACCGAAUCUCAGUGUGCUUGUCGGUGCAUCGGUUGCAGCAAAACUUAUGGGGAUCGCUGGUGGUUUGACCAAGCUGAGCAAGAUGCCGGCAUGCAACAUCCAAGUUUUAGGCGCAUCGAAGAAAACGUCAACUGGUUUCUCGGCAACAGCGAUGCUUCCGCAUACGGGAUUUAUUUUCUACUCGGAGCAUGUGCAAAACUAUCCGUCCGAUCUUCGAAGAAAAGCUGCUAAGCUGUUGGCAGCCAAGUGCGCUUUGGCUGCGAGGGUCGACGCGUUCCACGAAAGCCGAGACGGAAGUGCCGGCGAAGAGUUUCGUGCCGAUAUUGAGAAAAAGCUUGACAAACUCCAGGAGCCACCUCCAAUUAAAACGGUGAAACCGCUUGCUGCUCCUAUCGACAUUCCCCGUAAAAAGCGCGGUGGCCGUCGGGUGCGUCGAAUGAAGGAACGUUAUGCGAUCACGGAGCUUCGUAAACAACAGAAUCGCAUGACAUUCGGUGAGAUCGAGGAGGACGCGUACCAAGAUGAUCUGGGUUUUUCCGCUGGUCAAGCAGGCAAAAAGGGUGUGGCCGGGCGAAUUCGUACAGCGCAGGUAGACGAAAAGACCAAAGUGCGCAUUUCCAAGACGCUUCACAAGAAUCUACAACGCCAACAGGUGUAUGGUGGUGCAACAACGGUUCGAAGACAUGUUUCCGGUACGGCAUCAUCGGUAGCAUUCACACCUCUGCAGGGUCUUGAAAUCGUCAAUCCAAAUGCAGCUGAGUCGACAAAGUCUCAGGAUGGCAAAUAUUUCAGUAACAAUGCUGGAUUCCUCAAUGUCAACAAUUCACAACAUAAGUGAUCCGAAAUCGCUUUCUCUACCGAUAUGGUAGAUAAAAUGUGUGUACAUAUCUUACGAUGUUGUUUUGAGGACUCCUGUGAAUACAAAAACAUAUGUGAAUAUAAAAAGUAAAACAGAGUGGUGUUUUGUUUAUUUCAUAUGCUGCUAUCAGUGACAGUAACGCAUUGAAGUUUAACAAUCUCUAUUUCAGUUUCCUGAUAAUAGAAAGAGAGAAAAAGAGUUCAUAAAAGAACCUUCAAAGUGUGAUGCUGGUGUUGGAAAGUUUGGGUUUAAAGGAAUUGAGUCCAACUCAGGUUUGAUACUACUUCAGCGGAAGUCCACCAGGAUUUUGACUGUGAAGGCUUCCACGGAUAGACAACUGGACCAUACGGCGAUUGUGAACGAAGCGAUCGAUGCCUAUUUGAACACGACGCGAACACAGCAUAUUAUUCUGGUUUUUAAACUAUUUAACCAUAUCUUGUUUAAUAAUGACACUUCGAUUGAGUUUGAAAUAAUGAAAGAAACGAAUAUGAAAGGAAGGUUUAAACGAAUCGCGAGUCGAAUAAAAUGGUUCAGCCGUUCGCGUUGAGGUGCACGAUGUACACGUUGGAAAGACUGGUGGAAAGGUUGGCUUGAUUUAAUGGAGGAAGCAAAUGAUCCUGAGCACCCAUGACAAUUUAUGUUUAACCAAAAAUCGCCUACGACAACCAGAGACGAUGAUAUCUAAUAGUGUCGCAACUGUUACCCAUGCUGUCGACAAUAUGCUUACCUUAAGUUUGUUUUUUUACAAAGUUAAGUAUCGCCGCUGAGAGUUAAUGUAGUCACCCAGAACAUAUUUCCGCUCUAGAACAAAAAUCGAUACAGAAAAAAAAACAGCAACAAUACCCUGGUAGCAUCGACGAAAAGCAAAAGUUCGAACUUGUUAUUAAUUAAGCACAAUAUGCAUCGUUAAGUAGUUGGGUUUGAGAAAUGAAAGUUGAACUUCGAGCUCAACAUGUAGUUGAAUGAUGGAAGGCCUACGGAUUAUGAUUCCAAAGAUGGUUCCUAUCGAAAACCGGAUGAUCCGGACUGUGGUGGACUCGAAGUAGGAUACAAAAAAACUGGUUUAAUUUACUACGCGUAUGUUUCAUUUACUUGUACAGGCUUCUUUUUUAGUUCGCUUCGAUAAUGCCUGUCAUAGCACAUAUAUCCCGAUUUCUAAACAAUACCCGACUUGCCAACACUUCCUUGUCUUUAUAGCCUCACAAAUUUUUUUAAUCUCUACUUUUAGCUUUAUCUGUCUCCCAGCCUUUUAAUAAGAGCCUUCCGAUACGGUUUAGAAGUCUUUUAGGGGAAGGCUAUACCCAAAAAGAUUUUUGCCUUCAUUCGUUAACUGCAUUGCAGGACAGAGAUUGUCCUGGGAAAACCAGUAUACAACCGUGUUCUUUUCCCAAGCAACAUAGUCGUCAAACGAUAUAAUGCCGAAUGCAACAUAUCUAUGUUUUUUACCUUCUUUUGUCUACAUCACACAAUGACCUCACAUUUGAGGAGAAUUUAAAAAAAUGCCCCAAUUUUUUAUUUCUCUUCGAUACGAUUGGUCUUCCUUGACCAGGAAGAAGCUUGUACAUAUUUUCGUAUAUAGGCAAAAUCAUCGCAACUCGUCAGUCUAAAAUAUUGACUAUCAAAUAACGCAUGUAAUAGUAGUGAUUAUUCCAUACCAUUAAUAGUAAAUAUCCUUUUCGUCAACAUAAGAGUAGCCGGCGGCAUCUAAGGGAGCGAGGAAGCUGAAGACUGUUGAAUUCUAAUUCAUCAUAAAAAAUUAAUAAUCAUAUGGUAUGCACUUUAACUCAUAAUAUGAAGGACUUCUCGACACGUUGCCGUUAAAUAGGAACGGUCGUUAGAUUUAGUAGGUGUAGCACACAUACGGUCAAACAGGGUCCGCUGUGACGAGUCAUUCUAGCAGAAACUAAAUAAAAAGUAGUCGCAGAGCUUUAAGAAGUCAAUGAGGUCCGCUAGUAAACUAUUCUAAUACUAAUUAUUCUAAUUAUAUAAAUUCUAACUUUGAUUAUAGUUAUAUAUCAUAAUAAUGAAUGUGCUACAUUGAAUAUUCGACCUGGAUAUCUGUAAAUA